AUGAAUGGAAAUAGGCAAGAAAUUCCGAGUAGUGAACUAUUAAAAUCUCAUUUUAAUACUGUAUCUAUAGAUUCAAAAUAUGAAUUUGAAGGUCUUGCAAACCGUAAUUCUUUAUCAUAUAUAGACACUUACGGUUUGGCUCCUUUAGAAACAAUGGAUACAAUGUUUAGAGGUACUUUAAGAUAUAAAGGCUUUUCAGACUUAAUGUAUGCUUUUUACAAACUAGGAUUACUUGAGACUGAUCGUUCAAAUGUUUAUCAUAAUUCAUGGCCGGAUUUCUUUGAUUACAUACUUUUUAAUUCAUCUCUUGAAAAAAAGCCGGUAAUGGAAUCAAGAAUUUAUAGACUUGAAGAAUUAUUAGGUUUACCAAAAAAUCACCAUAUGAUGGAAAAAGUUAUUGAUGCUUUAACAAAACUUUCACUAUUACAAGACGAGCAUACAACAACUACUAAUUUAGUACAACCACCAAAAAUUGGUUCAUUAUCACCACUUGAUACAUUUUGUAUAUUGCUUCAAGAUAAGCUUAAAUAUAAUCCUGGAGAGAAAGAUAUGUUAGUUUUAUAUCAUGAGUUUGAAAUAAAGCUAAAGAACGGAAAUAAGACAAUUAGAACAUCAUCAUUAAUAUCCGAAGGAAUUUAUGGAUCAUCUGAAGCAUAUACAGCAAUGGCAAAAACUGUUGGAUUACCUGUUGCAAUAGCAACUGAAAUGAUUGCCAGAGUAUUGGCUCCAACUCUACCUAAUAUUUAUAAUCCAAUACUUAAAAAGUUGGAUGAAGAAGGUAUAAAAAUUAAAGAAUCUACUAUUCAGAAGGGAAUGAGAGAAAAAUUAGAAUGGAAGGGAAGUGGAAUUUGGAAUCAGAGCAUAUCACCUAUUUUUAAUACCUUACAUA